UCUCCCGCCUCCUAAUAAAAUUUUAUGGGGACGUGAUAUUAGAUACCAAAUCGAGACCACUCUUUUCUUGGUUCUACUGUAUCUAGAUCAACUUGAAAUCGAACGUUUUUUAUCGUUUUAUUAUAAUAUAAAUGUAAUUCUCCAAUACAGCAAUGAGCAAUGAAGAUCCAACUACAGUUUUAAAAAUGUUAAAUGAAUUAAAAUCGAGCACUAAUAGUCACCUUUGUUACAACAGUCUUCCUUCACAGUAUUCUAGAACAAAAGUAUCUUCACCCAUUUCAUUUAUGGAAGAUAAAAAUACUCCACCGAAACGAAAGAAAGUAGACAGUAUUGAUGAAAAAAUGAGUUUUAUCGACUCUGAAUCUGCACCCGGAAGUCCAUGGGAAUGGAGACGUUUGAGAGGCGAAGUCGUUUCACUGAAAACUCAAUUGUUACAUCAAGAAGCUAACGUACAACAAUUACAUCAUCUAAGGAGACAAAUGGAAGAAGUUUUUCAAAAAGAAAAAAAUUUAUUAGAAAUGCGAGCUGAAUUAGACAAACAAGCAAUUAAGCAAUUAGAAUUACGCCUCGAGUCCACAAGAAAAUGCGUUCAAGAAGCUCAAACAGCUCAAGCAAUAGCUGAAAAUGAAAGAUCCUUGAUACAACAAAAAUUAGAAAACGAAAUCAGUUCAUUAAAACGAGAAAAAGAAAAGCUUUUGGAGAAUAUUAAAAAACUAAAUGAACCGAAAUCUUGUACAUCGUCAAGUAUACCUCAAGGAGAUAUUUCUAGUUAUAAUAUUCAGUUAGAAUUAGCUCGAAAACGAAUUCAAAAUUUAGAGCAAAAAUUUAGAGAGUCUCAUAAACUUCAACAAGAAUUAGAAUUGCAGAAAGUUGAAAAUCAAAAUUUGAAACUUGAAAUAGAAACACUCAAAUCCGAACGUGAUUUAUGGCAAGAAAAGAAAUUAUUAUAUUCUGAAACUUCACGUGCCAAUGAUUUAGAAAAAGAUUUGAAUACAGCUAAAGAAACAAUAGAAUCAAUGCGUGAAUCAAUUAAAGGAAAAUUACUUCUUGAAGAACAAAUGUCAAACAUAAAACAAAGGUUAGAGCAUACAGAACAAAUUGAACAACGUUUAGCAUUUUUAGAAGUAGAAUAUAAUCAAUUAUCGAAAAUAUUGAAUGAAUAUAAUUCCAUAAAUAUUGCAAAUGGGCCAGUUACACUGAAAAAAGAAAUUCAUCGAUUACAACAAGCCGAAAUUGUUCUUACUGCUGAAGAAGGUCUACUACGUUCGCAGUUAGAGUCUAUGCAACGUGAAUAUCAAGCAUUAUGCCAAAAUUUUGAAGCAACGAAAAUAAAUGCAGCUCAAAUAGAAUCUUCAAAUGAAAAAUUGAAUGUUCUUAUAAAUAGAUUGCAGAAAAAAAUUAUAUUAAUCACGAAGGAGCGUGACAAUUAUCGACAACAAGUAGAAAUGUAUGAAAAAGAAAUAGCUAUUGACAGUAACAAUAUCUUACAAGGGCGCGUCAUAGCUUUAGAACGAGCACUUGAAGGUUAUAGAGAUUUGGUAUCGAAACUCGAAGCGGAUUUAGAUACUUAUGGUACAGUAACAUCACGAGAAGAAUGUCAACAGUUACGUGAAGAAAUAGAAAUAUUACGAAGAGAAUUGGAACACCGAGUAUUGAAGGGCGAUUUCAAUUGUAAAUCCAGAGUUUUACAUUUAAAACAUAAUCCGGCUGCUUUAGCAAACCAGCAAGCUCAAGAAAAAAUGCACAAACUUCAACAAGAAAUUGAAAAACUUCGUCAAUAUGUUCAAUCAGAAAAUUUGGGGCCUAUCAACGUGACAUCUCAAUGUCAGGAAGUUUCUGAAGUUAAACAAAUUUAUGAUAUCAAGAUUACUCGACUGAAAGAUGCGUUUAAAACGUCAUCUCAAGAAUACCGCCAAGCAUGCUACCAGUUAUUUGGUUGGAGAGUAGACCGAACUAAAGAAGGACGAUAUAAAUUAUCAAGUCAGUAUGCGGAGUCACCAGAUGAUUUCUUAUUUUUUCAAGUAGCUGAAGGUGUAGAUUUACUUGAAACAGAAUUUUCUGCAACUUUGGAACCACUUAUUGAUCGUCAUCUGAAAACACAACAUAGCGUUCCAAUGUUUUUGUGUGCAGUUCAAACAGAAUUAUUUUCACAACAAACAAUGACAAGUUUAAAAUAAUCAAUACGUAAAAUUUGUAAUUACUCCUUGAAAGCUCAUACAUUUUGUUUGCUUGUUCUUUUUUUUCUUUAAAUAUAAUAAAAAUAAUAAAAAAUU